AGUGGGCCCCUCAAAAGGAUCUCAAGUAUAAUUUCUAAUUCUAUGAGUAAGCGUUCCCUGUUCCAAUUUCAGUAAGCUAAAAAAACGUUCCAAUUCAGGCUUACCGUUACACUCCCUAUAAACCCAACCCCCCAAGGAAGCUGUGUUUCAGUCUUAGGUCUCAGACUCAGACACACACUCUCUCUCAGACCAUGACUGUUGCCACUGUAGCCACAACCCACACCAAGAAGCUCGUGAAGCUUGGCCGGUCUCUCUUCCGCUGGGGAUUUAACUCCUCCAAAUGCAAAAUGCAAGCGAAGAUGGCGGUGGCUAGGAUAAAGCUACUGAGGAACAAGAGACAGGCGGUGGUGAAGCAGAUGAGGCGUGACAUUGCCUUGCUCCUCCAGUCAGGUCAAGACGCCACUGCUCGAAUCCGGGUUGAACAUGUGAUCAGAGAGCAGAAUGUUCUGGCUGCAAAUGAGUUCAUUGAGCUUUUCUGUGAAUUAGUAGUGUCCAGACUUUCUAUCAUUGCAAAGCAAAGGGAAUGUCCAGCUGAUCUCAAAGAAGGGAUUGCCAGUUUAAUCUUUGCAUCCCCAAGGUGCUCUGAGAUUCCAGAACUAGUGGAGCUUCGGAAUAUUUUUGAGAAAAAAUAUGGAAGAGAUUUUGUAUCUGCCGCUGUUGACCUACGACCCAGCUGUGGUGUAAACCGCAUGCUGAUUGACAAGCUCUCUGUUAGAACCCCUACUGGUGAAGUAAAGUUGAAACUCCUGAAGGAGAUAGCAAAGGAAUACCAGGUUGAGUGGGAUACAUCAGAAUCUGAACAGGAGCUUCUCAAGCCUCCAGAAGAGCUUAUACAAGGACCGAGCAAUUUUGUCAGUGCUACCAGCAUGCCUUUGCAGGCCCAAUCUGUCGAGCCUAAUAAGCCAGACACCAGUUCACGCAGAACAAGUGGCGGUGGAGAAAGGGGAUCUGUUCAGCCCAAUAAGCCAGGCACCAGCUCUUCACGCAGAACAAGUGGCAGUGGAGAAAGGGGACAUAUGCAUUUUGCAGACUCGGCCUCUGCUGCUGAAGCAGCUGCAAAAUCUGCAAAUGAUGCAAUGGCUGCUGCACAAGUUGCUGCAUAUCUGGCCAACAAAGACUUCAGUCAAACACCUCAAGUUCCUCUAAGCGUCAAUAAUGGAUUUGGAACCCCUUCUGGCCAUUCCACUGGCCACUUCAUGCCAGAUGGUCCACCAGUUGAUUCUCAGAAUAUGGAUCACCAAUCUCAAGCUUGUGGAAUUGAUACGUCUCAUUCUUCAAGAAAUGAGGAAACAGUGCUUAGCCAUGGAGAUGAGAAGAAAUUCGUCUACAGGAGAUACAGCUAUAAUGCCCCAUCAGAACAUUCAGAUAUUAGGUUUGAUGAAUCAGACUGUGAUGAAGAAGUUGAACUGGAGGCACCUCCUAGUGGCUUUCAUCAAGCACCUGAGCGUCCGCCACCACCCCCACCUUCAGCAGCUACGAUUUCUCGAGUUCAUCCGAAAUUACCAGAUUACGACGCACUUGCUGCCCGCUUUGAUGCCCUUAAGUUUCGCAAGCCAACAUAAUGUUUAGAUGUUGCUUCUGCGUCAGUUUUGGCUUGCUUGUAUAAUUCAUAUAUAUACAUAUUUCGAAUCACAAACCAACAUUAUGUCUAAAUUCCGUAUGCACCAAUUUUGGGUUGCUUGUAUAAUUCAUAUAUACAUGGUGGAUGCUUGUCAUUCUAUCAUUUUGAUACUAAAUAAUAUUCACAUCGCAAAAGUUUUGCAUGUUGUC